GCGGAGCACACAGCCCCAUGGCUCCCGACCCUAGCAGCCGCCGCGGCCACCACAGCCUCCUGCUGCUUGCCUGCUGCCUCUCGGCCGCCCAGGCUCAACUGCUGUCCUGGCUAUGGUCCGGGAACAGUGCCUGGCCCACAGCCCCACCAGCCUCCAAGACCUCUGACAGCUCACCUGUGUGGCCCACGGAGGAAACCACCACGCACGUGGCCCCCCGGGAUGCUUCCACUGAUUGGUGGAAAGUCCCUGCUAGCCCCACAGACCCUCUGGGGAGGCCAGAGGCGGGGCAGGGCCAGACCCCCGCUGGCCCCACAGCCUCCAGCUCGAGCCCGGACCUGAAGGAGGAAAACAUCGCCGGUGUCGGAGCCAAGAUCCUGAACGUGGCGCAGGGCAUCCGGAGCUUCGUCCAGCUGUGGGAUGACGCUCAGGACACCACCCCUGCCGAGAGCUCUGCCAGGGCAGGGAUGCUGGCCCCCGCGACCCCCACAGACCCCCUUUCUACUGCCCUAGCCGAGGGCUCCACCAGGGCAGAGACACCGCCCCCAACGGACACCACGGACACCCUCUCCACCCCUGGACCCUCCAGCACCCCCCAGGACAGCGGGACCACCCUCCAGUCGAGCACCAAGGCCCUGAGCUCUCCAGACACCCAGAUGACCAAGGCCGGCGCCCUACCAGUGCCCACCCAGCCGCCACCCUCCCCUGGCAGACCCUGGUUCAGGGAGUCCUUGGUAACGCCGACCCCAGACGGCGAGGUCGUGGAGGUGGGGCUCCAGCAGCUGCUCGGUGAGCCCCCGCCCUGGCAGGUGGCCGUGGUGCACGACCCCGCCGUGGGGCCCGCCUAUGAGUUUGGCGAGGACGGCAGCGGUGGAGGCCAGGCGGCCCGGAGUCUCCUGCCCAGCACGUUCUUCCAGGACUUCUCGCUGCUGGUGCGUGUGCGGCCGGCCUCGGCGCGCGCGGGUGUGCUCUUUGCAGUCACAGACCCUGCGCAGGCGGUGGUCUCGGUGGGCGUGAAGCUGACGGCGGCGCGUGGGGGGCGGCAGCACCUGCAACUGCUGUACACGGAGCCCGGAGCCACCGACACGCGCUCAGCCGCCAGCUUCCAGCUGCCUGCGCUGGAUGGUCGCUGGACGCGCCUGGCGCUCAGCGUGGAUGGCGCCUACGCCAGGCUCUUCGUGGACUGUAAGGAGGUCCAGGGCCAGCCCCUGGCGCACUCGCUGCACGACCUGCAGCUGGAGCCGGACGCCCGCCUCUUCGUGGCCCAGGCCGGUGGAGCGGACCCUGAAAAGUUCCAGGGUCUGAUCUCAGAGCUGAGGUUGCGCAGGGAUCCUCGGGUGAGCCCCCGGCAGUGCCAGGACGAGGACGAGGACGACGAUGAUGAUGGGGCGUCUGGAGACCUGGGCAGCGGACUCAUGGAGACCCAGGAGCAUCCCCGGGAGGAGUUGGGCACACCCCUGGGGCCCAGGCUCCCCGAGGCUCCUCCAGUCACUUCUCCACCCUUGGCCGGAGUCGGCACCGAGGAGGACUUGAGAACUGAGGAGGUAGAGGAGUCAACCACGGCGUCUUCGUUAGGAGCUCAGACCCUCCCUAGCUUGGGCACAGUUGGCACAUGGGACGAGAGUGUUUGGAGCCCUGGGAGCAGCGUGAAAGAGCAAGGCCUGAAGGGGCAGAAGGGAGAGCCUGGUGCUCAGGGCCCCCCUGGCCCCAUCGGCCCCCAGGGUCCUGCAGGCCCAGCUAUAGACAGCCACGAGGCACAGCCUGUUUCUGGACCACAGGGACCCCCUGGGCCCCCGGGACCCCCGGGGAAGGACGGCACCCCUGGAAGGGACGGUGAGCCUGGUGAUCCUGGUGAAGACGGGAAGCCCGGGGACACUGGGCCACAGGGCUUCCCAGGAACCCCAGGAGACGUGGGCCCCAAGGGCGAGAAGGGGGAUCCUGGAGUCGGACCGAGGGGACCUCCAGGACCCCAGGGGCCUCCAGGGCCCCCAGGGCCCUCCUUCAAACCCGACAGGCUGACCUUCAUCGACAUGGAGGGGUCCGGUUUUGGCGGCGACCUGGAGAGCCUCCGUGGCCCUCGAGGCUUCCCCGGCCCCCCCGGGCCCCCUGGUGUCCCAGGCCUGCCAGGGGAGCCAGGCCGCUUCGGGAUGAACAGCUCUGACGUCCCUGGACCCGCAGGCCUGCCCGGCGUGCCUGGGAGGGAUGGGCUGCCUGGGCUUCCAGGCCCCCCGGGACCCCCAGGUAUUCCAGGAAAAGACGGACAACCAGGACUGACUGGACAGAAAGGCAGCCUCGGUGAGGCGGGCGCCCCAGGACCCAAGGGAAGCAAGGGAGACCCUGGCCCCAUCGGCGCUCCUGGGGAGCACGGCCUGGCAGGAGCCCCCGGACCCGCAGGCCCGCCAGGGCCCCCUGGCCCCCCCGGGCCCCCAGGCCCAGGAUUCGCCGCAGGGUUUGACGACAUGGAAGGCUCCGGGAGCCCCUUCUGGUCAACAGCCCGAGGUGCUGACGGGCUGCAGGGACCGCCCGGCACGCCCGGAGUCAAGGGGGAUCCUGGAGCUGUGGGGCCACCAGGGAGCAAGGGAGAAGUUGGAGCAGACGGAGCACCUGGCUUCCCCGGCCUCCCAGGCAGAGAGGGUGCAGCUGGACCCCAGGGACCAAAAGGAGAAAAGGGGACUCAGGGAGAGAAAGGAGACCCAGGGAAGGAUGGAGUGGGGCAGCCAGGACUCCCGGGACCCCCUGGACCCCCAGGACCUGUCGUCUACGUGUCGGAGCAGGACAGAGUGCUGGCAAGCGUGCCAGGCCCCGAGGGCCGUGCGGGCUUCGCUGGCUUUCCCGGACCAGCCGGGCCAAAGGGAGACCUGGGCGCCAAAGGCCAGCAGGGCAUCCCGGGACCCAAGGGUGAGAAGGGAGAGCCGGGCACGUUCUUCAGCCCUGACGGCAGAGCACUGACCCCCGUCCAGAAAGGAGCCAAGGGUGAGCCCGGCUUCCGAGGACCCCCGGGUCCGUAUGGGCGGCCCGGGCACAAGGGAGAGAUCGGAUUCCCUGGACGGCCGGGGCGUCCCGGGAUGAAUGGACUGAAAGGGGAGAAGGGGGAGCCGGGGGACGCCAGCGUGGGAUUCGGCAUGAGGGGUCCACCUGGCCCACCUGGGCCUCCAGGGCCCCCAGGCCCUCCCGGGACUCCUGUCUACGACAGCAACGCAUUUGUGGACUCUGGCCGCCCUGGACCCCCGGGAUUGCCAGGGCACCAGGGGCCUUCUGGACCCAAGGGUGACAAAGGAGAUGUGGGCCCGCCCGGACCACGAGGGCAGUUCCCGUUCGACCUCCUCCAGCUGGGUGCCGAGAUGAAGGGGCAGAAGGGGGAACGAGGGGCCGCUGGGCAGAAAGGAGAAAGGGGUGAGCCCGGGGGCGGAGGAUUUUUCGGCUCCGGUGUGCCUGGACCCCCCGGCCCGCCUGGCUACCCAGGGAUUCCGGGCCCCAAGGGAGAGAGCGUCCGCGGCCAGCCUGGCCCUCCGGGACCUCAGGGACCCCCUGGCAUUGGCUACGAGGGACGCCAGGGGCCUCCUGGGCCCCCUGGACCCCCAGGGCCCCCGGGACCCCCUUCCUUUCCUGGCCCCUACAGGCAGACCAUCAGUGUUCCUGGCCCGCCAGGCCCACCUGGGCCCCCAGGACCCCCUGGAUCCAUGGGCACUUCUUCAGGGGGAUCCACUGGGCUGGGCUUCCAGCAGGUGAGGGUCUGGGCGACGUACCAGAUGCUGGUGGACCAGGUGCCGCAGGUACCGGAGGGCUGGCUCAUCUACGUGGCCGACAGGGAGGAGCUGUACGUCCGGGUCCGGAAUGGGUUCCGGAAGGUUCUGCUGGAGGCCCACACGCCCCUCCCCCAUGGGACGGACAACGAGGUGGCCGUCUUGCAGCCCCCCGUGGUGCAGCUGCACGAGGGUAAUCCCUACCCCCGCCGGGAGGCCCCACACCCGACAGCGCGGUCCUGGCGGGCGGACGACAUCCUGGCCAGUCCCCCGCGCCUGCCGCACCCCCAGCCGUACCCCGGCGCCCCGCACCACGGAGCCUACGCACACUUCCGGCCGGUAACCUCCACGGCCUCGCCCUCCCACACCCACCACGACUUCCAGCCGGUGCUGCACCUGGUGGCGCUUAACAGCCCGCAGUCGGGCGGCCUGCGCGGCAUCCGCGGCGCCGACUUCCAGUGCUUCCAGCAGGCGCGCGCCGCGGGGCUGGCCGGCACCUUCCGCGCGUUCCUGUCCUCGCGGUUGCAGGACCUGUACAGCAUCGUGCGCCGCGCCGACCGCGGCUCCCUGCCCGUCGUCAACCUCAGGGACGAGGUGCUGUUUCCUAGCUGGGAGGCCUUGUUCUUAGGCUCCGAGGGCUGGCUGAAGCCUGGCGCCCGCAUCUUCUCCUUCGACGGCAGAGAUGUCCUCCAGCAUCCCGCCUGGCCCCAGAAGAGCGUGUGGCACGGCUCAGACACCAGUGGGCGCCGGCUGACCGAGAGCUACUGCGAGACGUGGCGGACGGACAGCAGGGCGGCCACGGGCCAGGCCUCCUCGCUCCUGUCGGGCCGGCUGCUGGAGCAGAAAGCUGCCGGGUGUCACAACGCCUUCAUCGUCCUCUGCAUCGAGAACAGCUUCAUGACCUCCUCCUCCAAGUAGGGCCUCUGCGGGCACCAUGGACAGGUGGACUGGCGAACAGAGUGCCAGAGAGGAGCCAGGCGCCAGGCAGGAGGAGCAGAAUGCCCCCAGCCUGGGCAGAGAGCCUCUGCCGACAACCCCAGCGAGGGGACCUGGCUGGGACACUUGAUGUAUGGUUCACGAUUCAUGUAAUCCUCAAGAAAUAAAAGGAAGCCAAAGAGUGUAUUUUUAAAAAAGUUUAAAA